GGAGGGCGGACUUUUCCAGGGACGGAAAGCUCGGCGCCGCUGUACGUUCUGGAUCAGAAGAGGAGAGACGACGGUUGCGACGCGUCUCCUCACAGAAAGAAGGCGGGUAACGAUAGCGGACUUUAAGCAGUUUAAACGCGUCCACGCCGGGCUGCCUGGGAGAGACUUGCAGGAAUAUAUUCUGACAAACUAAUGGUGAGAAGAGCCGCGCGUCCCUGCUGAUUCUCCAGCCACCCCAGAAGCAUCAUGAGUGGUGUUCAUAAGAGAAAGUUCGAGGAGGUGGAGGAGGACCCAUGCUGCUACUCAUCUUCGCCUUCCUCCCUUUACUCGUCGGCUAGCUCUGAGUGGGACUCCGAAGGGGAAGGCUGCUUCUCGGACACCUUGGAAGGAAGGCCCAGCUCCCCUGCGUCAUCCCUGCCUGUGACUUCCAUCUUAAAGAAGGCCAAGCGGGCACCCAGGGGCAACGUGCAGUUUGACCAGGUGACCGUCUUCUUCUUUCCACGGUGCCAGGGCUUCACCAGCGUGCCCAGCAGAGGUGGCUGCACGCUGGGCAUGGGGCGCCGGCACAGCGCACGCCGCCAGUACACGCUGUCGGAGUUUGCCGCAGAGCAGCGGCGCAUGCGUCGGGAGAAGCUGAGGGACCGCCUAAAGGAAGAGAAGCUGCAGGCCAUGAAAAUGAAGCUGACUAACAAUGGUACUCGGGAGUCGGAGGAGGCCGAUUGUCUGACCGUGGCAGACAUCCCAGACGAGGACAUUGACUUGAGCUCUGUGGACAUGGAGGAUGGCUCUUUCCUGCACCCGUACCCAUCACGGCAGCGGCGCGCACUGCUCAAAGCUGCUGGCGUGAAAAAAAUCGACCGCGAGGAGAAGAGACAGCUGCAGGAGCUGCGGCGUUCCCGGGAGGACUGUGGCUGCAACUGCCAAGGCUUCUGUGAGCCCGAGAGCUGUGCCUGCAGCCUAGCUGGCAUCAAGUGCCAGAUGGACCAUUCUUCGUUCCCCUGCGGCUGCACGAGGGAUGGCUGCGGGAACACAGAGGGCCGCAUCGAGUUCAAUUCCAGCCGGGUCCAGACCCACUACAUCCACACCAUCAUGAAGCUGGAACUGGAAAAGCGCUUGGAGGAGAGCUCCGACGCUGAGGAUGGCACGCAGCCACAGGGAUCUCCGGGCAGGCCCAGCCCCUUCCCCUUUCCCGGCGAGGAUGGUCCUGCUUUCCACUUCAACCCCGAGUUGGCGGCGGCUGGUGAGAACAGCUGCAGCAGCGACAUGACUGACUCCUCGAGCUCAUCUGGCCAGAGCGAGGAUUCCGAAGUGGCGGGAAGCCCGCAGCCCGGGCGCACCCAGCUGGAGGUUGAUGACAACGGACUGGCGCGCAUCCUCAGCUUCGGGGACUCGGACAGCGAGGACGGCUCGGGUGAAGCACAGAGGCCGAUGCCGACAUCCACAGGGUUCUGCGGCAUCACCGCAGUAGACUUCUUCAACGAUAAUGACAGUCCUGCUUCAUGCAGCACUGCUGUGAAGCAUUCAGACAGUCGGAGUUCAUCCGUCUCUGGGUAUUUCGAUGAAAAUGCAAACCAAGCCACUGCGCUCUUCCACAGUGGCUCUGUCCAGGAGUGCCCGAACACACCUUCCCCGUCCAUCAAUCCAUCUGCCAGAAGCUACAUGGACCUCAGCCUCUCGUCAGAGUCGGACUUGGAGUUCUUUGACAAUUUUCCAGACUACAGCCCCAGCCCCUUGUACAGCUCCUUUAAAGAGUACGAUCACUUGGACAAUUUCUUUCACUUCCAGCUGCCUAGCUAUCCCAGUCUCCCCCAAGGUAGUGAGCCCGGCACCUGCUUCCUAGAGUCCCUGAUUGGUUUGUCUGAAUCCGUCCCAGAACCCCCUGCCACCUUUACGGACAAUCAGCUGUUGGAAGAAGCUAUCAAGUCAUCCAUGGUGGAACCUGUAAAGGUCUAGAGGAAACUGUUGCAUAACUGAUGAAACAAUGUUUUGCAUAAAGACUAGACCAUACAAAUUU